CCAUCUACGGCCACGGCUCGUGCGGUCGUGCGCUGAUUGCUCACAAUCUUGUGCAGCCAUCACUCCCUGCCCGGUCCAUGGAUCUUGGCUCAAACUAACGGUGCUGCCAACACUAGUAGGGAUGAACUUCACAUCUGGACGAACGCGCCACCGCGCAGGCGGCACUGAUGUGACUUACUUCACUGUUGUACCGAAUCACCUUCCCAUCCGGCGCCGGCAAAGUCAACCCUCGCGUGUGGUUGUCUCUAUAUAUUCCGGCAUUGACCUGAUCAAUCCCUCUACGUUGUUGGUGCCUCUGCCAACACUCAAUUGCUCGAGUACUGCUUCCUAGACAAGAUGAAGGUCUCCACUCUUGCCUUACUGGCGACGCCUUUACUGGCAGACGCUUCCCAAAGCUCUCUGCGCAGAGUCACACAGCCUCCUUCGACCGGCCCUCAAUAUACAACAGACCUCUUUGAGGGUACGAGACUCAAGGAGGAACAAUCAGUCCUCAACAAUUCCGACCUCACCUACACCGACCGCAAUGGCAAGAAGAACUGGUCGCCACUCAGUGCUCUGCGUGCGGGCGAGAAGGGUCCUUUACUACUUCAAGAUGCCGCUCUGAUCGAUACUUUGGCAACAUUCAAUCGCGAGCGUGUGCCGGAACGUGUCGUCCACGCUCGAGGUGCUGGCGCCCACGGUUUCUUCGAGGCCACUACCGAUUAUGCUUCAAAUUUCUCAGCGGCCAGCGUCUUCCAGAGGGGUACAAGGACAUCGGUGACGAUGCGUUUCUCUACCGUUGGUGGCGCAAGAGGAUCGGCAGAUCAAGCACGAGAUCCCAGAGGCUUCGCAAUCAAGUUCAGAACUAAAGAAGGAAUCUUGGACUGGGUGUUCAACAACACUCCUGUUUUCUUUAUUCGUGAUCCUGCGAAGUUUCCACGCUUCAUCCACACACAAAAGACAGAUCCAGCUAAGAAUGCGCGCGACUGGAACACUUUCUGGAGCUGGCCGGCGCAAUUCCCAGAAUCUCUGCUGCAGUUUCUGAGACUCUUCUCCGACCUCGGGACUCCAUACGGAUUCCGCCACAUGGAUGGAUGGAGCGGCCAUACCUACAAGCUUGUCAAGGAUGAUGGCUCCUGGGUCUACACUCGCGUGUACCUUAGUACCGAUCAAGGUGUCCGUAACAUGACUGCUAGCGAAGCAGCUCAGAUCUCUGGCGAGAAUGACGCCUGGGCUACUGCCGACCUCUAUGACCACAUUGAAGCUGGCGAAUACCCAUCGUGGACUGUCGGCAUCGCCACCAUGACUCCCGAGCAAGCCGAAGAAUACCGAUACGAUGUCCUUGACCUGACUAAGGACUGGCUUGGAGUUGAAUAUCAAGAAAUCGGCCGCAUCUUCCUCACCCAGAACCCAGACAACUAUCACGCCGAGAUUGAGCAAUCUCACUUCACACCAGCCAACAUUGUUCCAGGCUGGGAGCCGUCCAACGACCCAGUCCUCCAAUCCCGUCUCUUCGCAUAUGGCGAUGCUGGACGAUACCGCAUCGGCGUCAAUGCCGAAGACAUCCCCGUCAACUGCCCCCUCACCUCCGUCGCCAACUUCGACCGAGACGGCCACUUGAGCUCAACUGGAAACCAAGGCUCACGCUUGAACUUCCCAGCUGAGUACCUCGACCCAAUCAACGUCAUCGACCGCCCAGGUACUGCCAUUGAGUCUCCUAUCGAGGGCGAUUCAACUGUACAAUGGCUCAGCACCAUCGACGAGGACAUUGAUUAUGAACAACCAAGACUCUUCUACCAAGGUUUCUCGCAAACGGACAAGGACCACUUGUACAGCAACAUCGCAGGUACUUUGGUGAACGUCAACCACCAGGAAGUUUUGGACGCUCUAUUUGUGCAAUUUGGCAAGAUUGAUCAGGCACUUUUGAGCGGAGUGCAGACUGCUUACGAGCAGGCCAAGCAGAAGAAGGCUGCUGGCGGCAAGUAGGACUCCACGAAUAAUGAGAUAAUGGCAAUGGCAAUGUGAAUCGAUACUUCGCAGAUCUCUCACAUCACGAUGAUACAUGUCAUCUGGCACAUCACGAUCUGUAUUCUUUUCUUCACAUGUGCAUAGGUUCAAUCGGCAGUUGCUCAACAAGCUUCUCAAUCUUGCAUAAAGCAAUACACUUACUCGUUCCUGAAACUCGCCUCAAUACUGCUUAGAGGCUGAUCACUAUUCAAACACGCCGAUGAUGACAGUAAGCACCAUUGACCUGACGAAACACCUACCGACCGCGAUUCCCCGACUACCAAAACACUACAACCUACACAACCUCUCUCUACACAAAACACCGGCAUAUCGCUCAUCGUCAGUGGCGCCAUCACUCCCAAACCCUAAUGAUGCAAUUCCAAUAAU